AUGGCCGCGAGCGAGGUACACAACUCGUUGCCCCCCGCCCAGCCCUCCUAUAUCUUCCGCGGCCACACAGCCCAUGUGCACGCUGUGCUGUUUGUGCGCCAGAACACCCGUCUUUUAUCCGGGGAUGCGGACGGCUGGGUCGUGCUGUGGAAGCUUGCCUCCAAGAGACCCGUGGCUGUGUGGAAAGCACACGACGGGGCGAUUCUGGGCUUCGCAGAAUGGGGGCCCGAGAAGCUUAUAACACACGGCCGCGAUAAUGCACUCAAAGUCUGGCAACUCCGCGUCGCCGAUGAGCACACUUUCUCGCCUGUACCCCCGGCCGACAAUCUCAGUGCAGUGCGUCCGCAGCCAUGGUUACUGCACUCCCUGGGUGUCAAUACCCUAAACUUCUGCUCGUUUUCCAUGUGCCUUGAGCAACCAGCAACAGAUCCUUCAAAGGACCAGUCCGUGGCAGGACAGGGUGACACGAAAGAUAGCACCACAGGUUCGAUUCUGGUGGCUGUACCGGGCACAGAUGACAAGAAGGUCGACAUCUUCCAGCUUCCAAGUGAGCAGAGGAUACACACCGUGCCUCGCGUUAUAUCAAGUGAUACUGGUAUGAUCAUGGCCUUGAAACUCAUCCGCUAUCCAUCCAACCAUCUCCUCGUCCUCGUCGGUUACGAAAGCGGUCACACCGCAAUCCACCAACUUGAAACGCUCUCUCACGAUACGCCUCCGGCUAAUUGGAGCACCAUCUUCCCAACUUGGCAUCUUGUCUACCUCAGCCAGCCUCACUCCCAGCCGGUCUUGUCUCUCGACGCUACCCCGGACGCCUCAACUUACUUCACCUCCUCUGCCGACGCCAUCAUCGCCGCUCACCGCAUUCCAAACCCUGAAAUCUUGCAAAAAGAGCAAGAAAAACCACCGCCAUUCCCUACGGCUUCUCAAAGCUCAGCUACUCCACAUAGUUCCUCUACUCCUGCGCUACCUCAGUCUUCGACCAAAGUCCAAGAUGCCCAUAAGGUAUCCAGAACCAAGCACGCAGGCCAGCAGUCUCUCCGCGUGCGCUCCGAUGGUCGAAUCUUCGCGACCGCGGGAUGGGAUGGGAGAGUAAGGGUCUACAGCGCGAAAUCACUGAAAGAAGUCGCCGUGCUUAAGUGGCAUCGAGAGGGCGUGUUCGGCGUUGCAUUUGCACAGACCUUCAAUCAACUACUCUCCUCUGCUGUCACCCCUGUUAUUAGCAAGAGCAUUAAUGACGGCCGUGCCGAGGACGACACAGAGACGUUAAGAACACAGGGCCACGUCAGCCCCUACGCACCUGCAUCCUCAGCACCGGCGCCGAAAGGGAUAGGCAACAGUGGAGAGGGAGAGAACUCUGCAUCCACGGAGCCCAAAGGGCCCGCCUAUCCCAUCCACCCAACUCCAAGUCCCUCUCCAAAAGACCCAAAACCAUCUGCGAACACGAAAAGCGGUUCCUACGUCUCACCCUACAGCAUUUCCACUCCCACCCUGCCGCCCAACGCCGACGCCGUAGCCGUAGCAAAAGCAUCUUCAGCAUAUGUCUCCCCCUACAGCUCUUCCACCGCCAUCGCCCAGACGAUCGGAAAGGUUGCCACGAAACCCACAACACACACGUACAGUAAACCCUCUACCACCUCUGGGUUGGGCGCCUUGAAUCGGCCUAACCCCGUGCUUCCUUCGAACGCGUAUGUCUCGCCCUACCAAGAUAGUAGCGUGACUGGAGGAGGUGGAGGGGUAGAUGCGAUGAAAGAAUUAGAGCGUAAAAGGGAAGAGACAGAAGUAGCGCGGCAUUGGAUUGCAGCCGGCGGCAAGGAUGGGAAGAUCAGUUUGUGGGUUGUCUACUAAGCUGCUGAGAGCUAGAAAGGUUAUUCGAAUGAAGGGUCACGUGACGUGAUUCAUUCGCCCCAGGAGAGGGAGACUUUGUACAAGAAAGCUAGGUUAGGAGCCUGGCGGACAGAUGACUUGGAUCUUAGGUUUAUACUGUUUCAGACUCGGCUUUGAAGAUGCUAUAGCUGGCGUAAACAUAGUGAUGCGAUGAAACAGAACGGCAAUAGAGACAAUGUUGUGCAGAUCUUAAGCUCAUCUGACUGUAGAAUCUCAAGUCAGAAUGCCGAGAAGUGUAGAUACCAGAGUUUGUAAUUGGGGCUUCGCGGAUCAGAGCUACCUUAGUAAUUAGCCUUUUGAUUGGAGUCUGAUUUAUAGCUACAUUGUUUUAUCAUUAUCAUUAGGACAGGAGAGUGAGAAUCAGGGUGUGGGACUUCCGGUUUUGCUAGAGGUUGGCACGUUCAUGGGAGCUACAAUGGUGUUACCAUUAUGACAAAGUUAUAGGUAUUGGGUCUGC